UUCAAAGAUAUAAAUUGGAUUUGUCAUCAGACUAAACCCCAUAAGUCCAUAAAAAAAAAGUUCUGGACUAGCAAAGUUGAAGAAGAAGAAGAAGAAGACCAAGUCUGUAUAAAGCUCACACAAAGGCCAACUGAACAUCAAAUAACCAAAACCUAAGAUCUAGAGAGAGGGAAGAGAGAGAGAUGGGAGAGGAAAACAAAGUGACACUCCAUGGAUUCUGGUGGAGUCCUUACACAAAGAGGGUGGAAUUGGCCCUAAAGUUUAAGGGCAUACCAUAUGAAUACAUUGAAGAGGAUUAUGUCAACAAAAGCCCUUCACUGCUCAAUUACAAUCCUGUCUACAAGAAGGUUCCAGUACUUGUUCACAAUGCAAAACCAAUCCCUGAGUCACUGAUCAUCCUUGAAUAUAUUGACGAAACUUGGAAGACUAAUACUCCAACACUCCUCCCUGAGGAUCCUUACAAAAGCGCCAGAGUUCGCUUCUGGGCUAGCUUUAUCCAGCAACAGCUGUUGGACACAGGCUUGGCCAUGGUCACCAAAACUCAAGGAGAAGCACAAGACAAGGCCAUCAACUUAGUGUUUGAGAAACUGCAAGUCCUUGAAGAGGGAAUGGGGGAAUUUUUCCCAAAUGGCACUCCUUGUAUUGAUGACAAGAAUGUUGGACUGCUUGAAAUUGUGAUUUGGUCAUUGUUUGGCCCCCAUAAGGCUCAAGAAGAAGUCUUUGGUGUGAAAUUCAUAGACCCAGAUAAGUUUCCCCUGAUAUCUGCUUGGGUCACAGCCAUAAUGGAGCUUCCUUUGGUGAAAGAAUUAACUCUUCCUCAUGAGAAAUUGGUUGGUUUUCUUCAGAUGGCUAGACAAAGGACCCUUCAAUCUACCACAACUUGAUCUUUUGUUUGGGUUUUUUCCUGUGCACUCUGUUAGAAAGUUGAAAACCUUGUCAUGAUAAAUAAGUGGUGGCAAUACCGCUCUCAUCAUACUUGUAAUAUGUCGAAAUUCAAGUCUUUAUCCCAAGAAUUUAGGAUCGGUUAUAUAAGUUUAUGUGAAAACUAAUUAGAAUUCACUACAUGUAUUUGUUACUGUCUUCUUUUACUGUCAAAUCCUACUAAAUAAAUAUAAU